CUUCGUUCACAGCCAACUAUAAGUUUGAACUUGAAUGGUUGGAGAGUUGUAUUUCAUUUAUAGCUGGGGUUUGUCAAAAAAGGAAAUACGAACAUUCAGUUCAUGCCGCGCUUAUUAAGCUAAAGAGCUACUUAAAGAUAUUAUCAAACGACCCGAAAAAUAGGGGAGAAAAAGAAGAAAGGAAACACCAUACAUUAGAGAGUGAUGAGAAAGAAGGAAGACAACACCAUGUUUCAGAGAGCAGUGAUGAUAACGGCAGUGUUGCCGCCAUGAGUGAUGUCGAUUCAAUUGACUUUGUCAGCAGUGAUGUGCAACAAGAAACAACAUUAUUCUGGGACGCACUGGACAAGGUAUGGGGGUCAGUGAUAGACCACUGUGUUGCAAUCUUUAUCAGUUUAAACUUUACUUCACCUUCCGUUGUUAACGUGGGACCUCCUGAACUACAACAACAGCUCAGCGGGGGUUUGAACCUGCAACCCCCGGGUCCUGAAGUAGCAAUACAUGUUCUGCCAAUGUUUGCUACUUUAGUUGACAACCUUGGGGCUUCCAUUGAAAGGUUCCUCACACUAUGUAGUACAGAAGGCAACCCUCUUACCUCCCAUGAUUGCCUUGAUGUUUUACAAACAUUAUGGACGACUUCACAAGCAUUGGCUGUCACAACUGAUAUUGAAAAAGUUCAUACACCUGCAUCCUUGCAUCUUGUGUCCGGGGUCCAGGAGGAGCAAUCCAAGCUCUUUAUUGGACACCAGAAACUGAAGUCUGUUUCUUAUGUCUUGAAGGAAUGUUACGAAAAAACAAAUUCUCUUUUGUGAUACUGUACCUAUUAUACCUUAAUCGGAUAGCGUUUGUGUAAAAACUCAGGAAUAUUUUGACGCCAUUUAUUUGUUUGUUUCUAUAUCGGCAUGGGAGUGGUGUAUACAGUGUUGCCGGGUGUAUUUUGUUGCAGUGUUGCCAGG